GGGCCUGUCCCUUUAAGGGGGUUGGCUGUCAAUCAGAAAGCCCUUUUCAGUGCAGGAGAAGAGGACAAAGAUACUCAGAGAGAAAAAGUAAAGGACCGAAGAAGGAGACUGGAGAGACCAGGAUCCUUCCAGCUGAACAAAGUCAGCCGCAAAGCAGACUAGCCAGCCGGCUACAAUUGGAGUCAGAGUCCCAAAGACAUGGGCUUGCUAGAGUGCUGUGCAAGAUGUCUGGUAGGGGCCCCCUUUGCUUCCCUGGUGGCCACUGGAUUGUGUUUCUUUGGGGUGGCACUGUUUUGUGGCUGUGGACAUGAAGCCCUCACUGGCACAGAAAAGCUAAUUGAGACGUAUUUCUCCAAAAACUUCCAGGACUAUGAAUAUCUCAUCAAUGUGAUCCAUGCCUUCCAGUAUGUCAUCUAUGGAACUGCCUCUUUCUUCUUCCUUUAUGGGGCCCUCCUGCUGGCUGAGGGCUUCUACACCACCGGUGCAGUCAGGCAGAUCUUUGGCGACUACAAGACCACCAUCUGCGGCAAGGGCCUGAGCGCAACGGUAACAGGGGGCCAGAAGGGGAGGGGUUCCAGAGGCCAACAUCAAGCUCAUUCUUUGGAGCGGGUGUGUCAUUGUUUGGGAAAAUGGCUAGGACAUCCCGACAAGUUUGUGGGCAUCACCUAUGCCCUGACCGUUGUGUGGCUCCUGGUGUUUGCCUGCUCUGCCGUGCCUGUGUACAUUUACUUCAACACCUGGACCACCUGCCAGUCUAUCGCCUUCCCCAGCAAGACCUCUGCCAGUAUAGGCAGUCUCUGUGCUGAUGCCAGGAUGUAUGGUGUGCUCCCAUGGAAUGCUUUCCCUGGCAAGGUUUGUGGCUCCAACCUUCUGUCUAUCUGCAAAACAGCCGAGUUCCAAAUGACUUUCCACCUGUUUAUUGCUGCAUUUGUGGGGGCUGCGGCUACACUGGUUUCCCUGCUCACCUUCAUGAUUGCUGCCACUUACAACUUUGCCGUCCUUAAACUCAUGGGCCGAGGCACCAAGUUCUGAUCCCCUGUAGAAAUCCCCCUUUCUCUAAUAGUGAGGCUCUAACCACACGGCCUACAAUGCUGCGUCUCCCAUCUUAACUCUGCCUUUGCCACUGACUGGCCCUCUUCUUACUUGACGAGUGUAACAAGAAAGGAGAGUCUUGCAGUGAUUAAGGUCUCUCUGUGGACUCUCCCCUCUUACGCACCUCUUUUAGUCAUUUUGCUUCACAGCUGGUUCCUGCUAGAAAUGGGAAAUGCCUAAGAAGGUGACUCCCCAACUGCAAGUCACGAAGGAAUGGAGGCUAUAAUUCAAUUUUCAAGCAUCUCCUGAGGACCAGGAAGUGUUUUCUUCUCAAAGGGCACUUCCAUUGAUGGAAACAGAGUGGAAAGAAAGAUGCUCAGGUAGAGAGAAGGAAUGUCCUUGGUUCCCUUUCCAUCGAUAGGGGCCAAUUAUAUUCUCCUUGGUGUACAAAACAGAGAACUCACUCCUGUCUCCCAAUUACCACUGAAGGUAGAAGAAAAAAAGGAUGCCAGCAAAAUGAUAAAAGCAUUUGCCCAUAUCUGCCUCUUGCAGCUGGGAGAAGGGGGUCAAAGCAAGGAUCUUUCACCUAGAAAGAGAGCACUGACCCCGGUGGCAAUGGACUAUUUAAGCCCUAACUCAGCCAACCUUACUUAUAGCAUAAGGGAGCGUAGUGUCUGUGUAGACAAAGGGGGCAUCUGGCCUUACACCUCGUUACGGAAGAGAAACAGGGUGUUGUCAGCAUCUUCUCACUCCCUUCUCCUUUAUAACAGCUACCAUGACAACCCUGUGGUUUCCAAGGAGCUGAGAAUAGAAGAAAACUAGCUUAGUGAAAAAAAAACUAGUCUAAGGAGAAGCAGUUGCUGGUAGCUAAGGGUGUAACCUGAAAUGGCCCUCUGGUAGACACAGGAUAGAUAACUCUUUGGAUAGCAUGUCUUUUUUCUGUUAAUUAGUUGUGUACUCUGGCCUCUGUCAUAUCUUCACAAUGGUGCUCUUUUCAUGGGGUAUUAUCCAUACAGUCAUAGUAGGUGAUUUGAAGAUCUUGAUUUGUUUCAGAAUGAUGCACAUUUCACAUAUUCCAAUUUGUUUAUCACUUGUUUUGGGGUCGUAUCAGAAAGGUCUGGAGAAUGAUUCUUUGAUUAUGAUUCUUCCAAAAAGGAAAAUUGGACAUUCAUCAUCACAAAUGAUAUUAAAAAUUGGCUAAUGAGAGGAUCUAUUGGGAUUUUGUACAAGUAUUCUGCCCUUUGCAGAAACAGAUUUGGUGAAUUUGAACCUCAAUUUGAAUAACCUGUUUAAUUGUUCUUUCUAGCUAAUGGGAGAUGAUGAUUUUACUUAGCAAUGUUAUCUUGGCAUGUUAAGAGUUAGGUUUAACAUAAAGGUUAUUUUCUCCUGAUAUGGAUCACAUAACUGAAUGCACCAAUCGUCAGCUAUUCAGUUGGUAAGCUUCCAGGGAAAAAGACAGGCAAAAAGAGAUUUCAGUCUUUUCCUGUUUGGGGGCUAACUUUGGGUUAAAAAAAAAGUCUGAUUGGUUUUUAUUGAAGGAAAGAUUUUUACUGUAGCUCUUUUGUUGUAAAGAGUUGUGUUGUUCUUUUUCCCCAAAAGUGGUUUCAGCAAUGUUUAAGGAGAUGUAAGAUCGUUACAAAAAGACACUUCAUACUUGUUUUCAGACCAGUGUAGGAGAUAAGCUUCCAGGCUGCAUAGAGGAAGGAGAGGGAACAUGUUCUGUAAGAAACCAAUCAAGAUCAAGGAAAGUGAAGUAAUCCUUACCUUGUGUUUUGUUUUGAUUUAAUAACAUAACAAAUAACCAACCCUUCCCUGAAAAACCUCACAUGUAUACAUACACACAUAUACACACACCAAGAGAGUUAAUCAACUGAAAGUGUUUCUUCCAUUUCUGAUAUAGAAUUUCAAUUUUAACACCCAUAAAGGAUAAACUUUUAGAAACUUAUCUUACAAAAUGUAUUUUAUAAAAUUAAAGAAAAUAAAAUUAAGAAUGUUCUCAAUCAAA